CCCCUCGCCGGAGUUUCUCUUGAUGCCGGCGAUUUCCCAUUCCUUUCCUUUCCUCUUCGUUGCUAUGCGCGCGGUGCUGCUCGCGAGCCACCGCAAUGCUGUUGUCGUCCCCGCUCCCCUGCUGUGCUCUCGCGUCGCCUGCCCGCGCCACCUGCACCCUCGCCGAUGCCUCGAAGCCUCGUCGUAGCUCACCUCUGACUCCAUGUCGAUGCUUAGUCGUUCCCCGGUGCUCAGUCGCCUCACCGAAGCUUUGAAUACCCCUCUGCCCUCUGUUCUUCGCUCCUCUUGUGAGCAGAGGUUGAAUUCGGAGUCGAUUUGUUGACCUCCUAAUGUGUGUGGAGAUCUGUUAGAUAAUUAAAGGAAGUAAUGAUGAAGAAUUUUGAUCAUUUUUUUUUUAUCUGGGGGGCAAUAUGAUAUCAAAGGAAGAGUAUGCUACUUCUUCCGUACCUGAGAAACAAGGUCAACAUGUAGUAAGUUGUGCUGAUGUAGAUCCUGACAGAAGCUGCAAGGAUCAGAACCUAGAAGACACAAAAGCUUUUGCACAGCGAUUUGGCAGUUCAGCCUCACAAGUAAGCUCCUCUGCAGUUGCUUUGCUGGAAGCAGAAUUACAUUCAACUGCAGAAGUAACAAAGUCAACUACUGCAUUGGAAGAUAAUAGUAAAGAGAAUAGUGGAUCUGUUGCAGAAAAUGUUUUGUCAUCUGCUUCUGGGUACCCUAUAACCCGACCCGAAAAAACAUUGCUACGAUGAUGGAAAUAAUGGCGGAUUAGAGUAGCAAACAUACAUGAUACAUCGAGAAGCAUGCCUACAUGGAUAAUGGAAUUGAAGAAUAAUGAAAGAAUGACCUUAAGAUUGAUUUAGGUUUAUUUAAGGAGAGAUAUAUAUAUUAUGAUUUUAUGAUUAACUAUUUAUAUAUUGGAUGCAAUAGUAUGUUUUCGAUUGAGUAUACUCUUUGGCUCAUUUUUUGCAAUGGUCGUUGAGUAUUUCUACUCAUUUACAUCAAUAAUAUCAUUUUAUUUCCUCUUCUAUUAUUACGUUUAUAAGUUUUACUAUUAUUAUCAUUGUAUAUAUGCCGAUAAAUGAAAGAAUGUUACUAUAAGAUAUGUG